UCCCUUCAUGUGGGGCGUAGCCAUCUGAGCAUCCUGACGGUAACUCUUCACUGGUUCUUCAAUCACUGAGUGGUAUCACCAGCUGAACUUCCUGUCAGUGGUGCUGACGCUUCUCUCCCGCCUGUUAGCAGCAGCUUUUAUUGCUAAUGUUUCAUUGCAUUUGUUGUUGCUCUGCAUUACCACUGGACGGUGCCCUGAGGAAUCAGCAUCCUUAAUGUCAGGUUUUCUUGACCAACAUCUGGUUGUCACACAAACAAAAGAUGAGUAAGUCCCCCACACCUAAAGGCACCCCGGUGCAGCGGAGCCCCAGUGAUGGGGUCCCAGAGGGUCUUCAGUCCCCUCAGCACUCAACACCAGACUCUGGACCACAGCAUAAGAAACGUAUUUCCAGCCUUCUCCACAGUCCGUGUGUGUUGUCUAUGUACCACACGCUCAUGUGAUUUAAUGCAUUCACUUUGUGGUAACCGGUGGGACCAGUCCUUCAAAGAGGAGCUGGAUGUGCUUAUCCAGGAGCAGAUGAAAAAGGGCGGCAGCUCCUCUAACCUAUGGGCACUAAAGCAGCUCGCUGACUUUAUGGCCUCACAUGGUUCUCCAGCUGCUCUGCCGGUCUCUCCAUCCAACAUGAUGAUGGUGAUGCCGAUCAAUGACCUGCACAGCUGGGAGCCAGGCAGUUUGGUAAAGGGUGAGAGGUUGAUGCGCUGCAAACUGGCCAGCACUCAUCGUCUGUUUGACCUUUACGGCUGGGCUGGGAUUAGCCACACCUGCCUAACUCUUCGUGUCAGUAAAGAACAGGAACAUUUCCUGGUUCUUCCAGAUGGUCUGGCCUAUAGUGAAGUGACUGGAUCCAGUCUGGUGAAGGUGAACAUCCUGGGGGAAGUGGUGGAGAAGGGCAGCACCAACCUGGGCUUGGACCCAGAAAAGUUUGGCCUGCACUCAGCCAUCUACUCCGCCAGGCCGGACGUUCGGUGUCUUCUUCACCUUCACACUCCAGCCACAGCAGCAGUUUCAGCUAUGAAGUGUGGCCUUCUGCCACUUUCCCAUGAGGCUUUGCUUGUUGGUGACGUGGCCUAUUAUGACUACAAUGGAGUGAUGGAGGAGGAGGAGGACAGAGUGGAGCUGCAGAAGAGUCUGGGACCUACGUGUAAGGUUCUGGUGCUGAGGAAUCAUGGUAUUGUGGCUCUGGGGGAUUCUGUGGAGGAGGCUUUCUACACCAUCUACCACAUCCAGGCUGCCUGCCAGAUACAGGUUACAGCUUUGUGUUCUGCUGGAGGUGAAAGUAACCUCAUUUUGUUGGACCGGACCAUCCAUAAACCCAUCUCCGCUGGUACUGUUGGCUGGGCCGGCUCCACUUUUGGACCUUUGCAAAAGAGCCGUGUUGGGGAGCAUGAGUUUGAAGCCCUAAUGCGAACUUUGGAUAAUCUGGGCUACCGUACUGGCUAUGCCUACCGGUUCCCUUUGCUACUGGAGCGGACGCGGAUGCGGCGAGAGGUGGAGGUGCCUGCAACCGUCACAGUUUUCCACCAGUUCGAUGACGACGGAGUGCAUCCAGCGCUCAGACAGCACCCUUUUGCCCAGCGUCAGCAGCAGGAGAGAACCCGAUGGCUCAACACCCCCAACAGCUACCAAAAAGUCAACCAGGAGCAGGCUAGUCCUGGAAACCAGCGCAGCACUUGGUUGAAGUCAGCAGAAGUGACGCAGGCCGGAGGCACCUCCAUCAAGAUAGAAGCCUCAAACCAGUUUGUUCCUCUUUUCACCAACCCUCAGGAGGUGGUGGAGACAAGAAACAAGAUCAGACAGCAGAAUCGUCAGGACAUGAAGACAGCAGGGCCACAGUCUCAAGUUCUGGCCAGUGUCAUCACAGAGAACAGUCCUCCGUCUCCAGUCAGUCCACUCAGCCUCCCCUCUGAACCAGAACCUCCAAACCCAUUCAGUGAUCUGACAGACCAAGCACUAGAGGAGUACAAGAAGGAGGUUCAGAGGAAGCAGGAUGGAGGGACAGAUGGUACAGAAGGGGAGGAGGAAGAAGAGGAAGAGGAGGAGCAGGAGAAGAUGGUGGUGGAGGCAAAUGAGAAGGUGUCUCCCCCUGUUGUCUCCCCCACAAAGGUCCUUGCUCCACCCCAUCAGUCUCCUCUCUCAGAGGAGGCAAACACUGACUCUCCUGCCAUCCAGAUUGGAGGUGAGGAGGAGAAGCAGACAACGGAGGAACUGGAGAAAGGCAUGAAGGCCCUGUCCACUAAUGACACAUCCUCCAGCCCCGCUGCUCCCCCAGUCAAACCUCAAGGUGGCACUCCAGAGGGCUCUCCCUCCAAGUCCCCAUCCAAGAAGAAAAAGAAGUUCAAGCCGCCAUCGUUCCUGAAAAAGAGCAAGAAGCAGAAGGAGAAAGCUGAGGCCUAAACGUACACAGACACACACACGCAUACCCAGAUAAGACACUGCUGUGAAGUCAACCUGAUCAGAUCUCUCCAUAGGUACCUGACCUAUGUGUCACACUCACAGUAACUUUAACGAACUGAUACUCAAAUGCUUUGCUACUCAGUAGUUGUAUUUUUGCUGUUAAUCAUCUAAAACAUUUCACCCAAGUCAGAUAUAGUUACACAGCUUUCUAGGGAAAGCAGGAACAUCCUUUGAAUUCAUUGAAGAGAACCUGAUACUAAAAAAAUUAAAACCAUUUCACUUAAAAAAAAUGCAAAUAUUUGUCGUCAACAACACACAUACACAGUUGUCACCCGUCUCUUAAUCCAACCUGCUGUUAUCAGUGUCACACUGCAUAGAUGUUGACGUGCAUCUGUUUUGAAGACGGCGAUCAGGACUGUGACCUGUGCACUUACAGUAACGCUCGCAACUCUUUCCUUUCUCCACAAGUGUUGAGUAUGUGUUGACCAUGUAAAGUCUUCAUGAAUUAUGCACCCACUUUUCUAUGUAUAUACAAUGAAUUAUAGGAACUUAGACAUGUGUACAUUGACAUUGUAGUACAUUGCAUUUGUGGUCCAUCAGAUUUAAUCUUCAUACUUUGGUUGUAGUUUUCAAGUAGAUGUUGCAGAUGUGCUACGUGAGCACAGGUGCUGUAUAUGUGGAACAAUGCUGAUUGCUACUGGUUGUGCUCCUCUGAAUGCUACAUGGUUUAGUGAACAUCUCAUACAUUUAGUAUGUUGAACCCAAAAGAACAAAAUGAAAAGAACAAAACACUGGCUCGCAACAAAACACAAGCCGCUAUGAAUGCCAACAUUACUACUACUAAAAAAAAAAAAAUUAAAACAGAAUUAAAAUUUUGUUGCUUGAAACUCUGUUAUAAAAGAUACUGAAGGUACUAGACAUUCCACUUUUUCCUUGUUUUCUUUUGAAUGUACACAUACAAAUAUUACCAAUGGAUGAAUUAUUUUCUGUAGAAACCAAAAGCUGUAACAAAAUUCUGGUGUGUGAUGUAUUACAUGGUGUUUAUUUCUUAAUUGUUUUAUGUUAGAAUGUAUAGCUGAGUGUUGCCUUGUUACCAUGAAUAACACAUUAAAGAUCAGGUUUGAUUUUAAAUACAAUGGUUUGGUGGUUUAUGUAAUUGCGAUAUAGAUUCCACUGACAAACAUUAACGUCAACUGCUGCUUCGAUUCUAUAAUUGACCCCUUGGUCUAAAUGUUAAGAUACAGACACAAUAAAUGAUACUUUGAGAA